CCGGUGGCAGAGGGCAGAGCGAGCGCCGCACAGACGCGCUCCAGCAAGCGCCAUACGUGAGCGACCCGUGGGCACACCUGGCUGUGUCGUGAACAGGCAGCGGCACCGAACAGCAGCCAGGCUAAUCACUUGAGGAAUGUGGCGCGAUUAGGACAAGAGACAAGGAGAGUUCACAUCAACCAAAGCGUUAGCCAAGUUACAUUUCACACUCGGCGUGCGCAGAGGAACUCAAUAAAAAGGGAUAAUGGCUACGGGAGGCUUCAAGUCCAGUGCAGCCACGGACUUUUUGGAGGAAUGGAAGGCUAAACGGGAGAAAAUGAGAGCCAAAAUGCUAGGGGACAUUGCCGCUGCCACUGGUACUCCCUUGGCAGCUGCUAACACAAACAACACGAUGAAUAAUAACAGCAAUGGCAACCCGGACAAGAGUUCUCCCACUGGGAACUGUAUAGAAACAAGCCACCCAGCAGCACUCAUUGCACCCACUCCUGCUGUACCCAUGUCUGCACCUACAGCCACUCAGCAGGGGGCCAAUCUCAAAAAAGGUCCAGUGUCGACAGAGGUCCAAAGUGUCUCUCCAGGCCCGAGCUCUAUGGCUUGUAAUGACAGUGACGGGAGGGACAGUCCGUCUCCCAGCCGUAAAGGAGGCCGGGAGAAGAAGAGCUCAGGUCCCAGCGCCAGGAAGGGCAAAGGGCAGAUUGAGAAGCGAAAACUGCGAGAGAAAAGGAGAUCAACCGGUGUUGUCAGCAUACCAUCCAACGAGAGCCUUGAUGAAUUGGAUGAUGACGAUGUUGGAGAGAAGGACAGGAGAGAGGAAGAGGAGCUGGUACAAGCCAACACCUUCCAAAACGAGGCCAUGACAUCGGACCCAACCACGGGACACUUAAUGGAAACCCCAAGAGCUGGAACUGGCCGUCACAAAAGCUCUGCAGGGCCGACUGUUGAGGACGAACCCAAUGGAAACAAUAGAAGACAAAAUCGUCAUGCUAGAGACGGAGCCUCUGCUGUGGCCAGUCUGGAGAAGAGGCUGGAGGAGCUGGAGAGGGAGCUGGUCAGAGAAAGGCAGGAGAAUGCUCGGUUGCUAAAGGCCCAUGAAGAAAAGGAUGACCUCAUUGGAAAACUUAAAGAAGAAAUCGACCUAUUGAACAGAGAUCUUGACGACAUUGAAGAUGAGAAUGACCAACUCAAACAAGAAAACAAGACAUUGCUCAAAGUGGUAGGUCAGCUGACCAGGUAGAAGCCCGGAGUAUAAACCGCCGCCUCCUAAAGUACAUUCCUGUGAAGAACAUCUCUGUUUGCCCCAGGAGCGAGCUGCACAGAGGGGUCAAAUGCAUUCACCUGUUUACUCGGGCUUAUGUCUGGCAUUUACAGAAAAUGGAAAGUCUUUUCUUUUGUUCUGUAAACCAGAUAAAAAUGGCCUCAAGGAAAUUCCUGUCACAAAUAUUUAAUGUGUCUAUUGUAUAUAGUUGACUUUUAAUACAGCAUUUUAAAGCAAAAUUGAAUGUAUAUGGUGUACCCAAUAUAGAAAACAUUAAAUUUUAUUUCAUGCAACAUAAACACAUUUAAUUCAUUGUAUGUAAUUCCAUUGUUAACUUCAAAGAAAACAUACAUUAUAUUUGCUGCAUUCAAAUUAAAUAGUUUGAAGCAUAAUUUUAAUUGCAUUGAUCAAAGUCUGAUUUAUGAACCAAAUUUGGCAUGAAAAGCAAAAAAUUUGGCAUAAUAUGAAUUUUAACCAUUUCAGUAGGUGUGUCCUGAAAUUAGAGCCUGAGCAGCAAGUCAAAAUCCUAGCUUUAUUCCUUAACACAAGUGUUAAUUUUUCAAAACUUAUUGGAUCCAUAUUCUGUAAAUCUGUAAGCACACUUAUGAGAACAUUUAAGUAGGCCUUUUGGUGUGGACAAACUUUUUAGCACUUCUGAAUGUUUUUCAUUUCAAUGUAAUAAUGUGUUGGUGGUCUCGCUAAUGCAAAGUAUUGUAAGCAUUUUCUAUAAGGUUGGUGUACAUGCUUUGAGAAAGGGCUACAUUGCAUUUAUGUAUUAUAACCAAAUUCUCCGAAGGAACACUAAUUAAAAUGUUUACUCAAGGGAAAGAAUCUUGCUGUUAUUGCACUGUUAAAACACUCCUGGUUUGGAUUUGACUUGGGAGGGAUAAAGGCCUUCCUCUGGCUGACAGACAUCCCCCAUCUCUUUCCCCAUUGCAUUAUGCAUGUACAGGAGAUUAAGUCAUUUAAUAAAAGUUUGAUUAUCUCUCUCCUC